AAAAUUGGCACUCACUCACACACCCCUAAAACCCUAAAAAACAUAAGCAUGAUAUGUGUAUCUUCCCAUCAUGUAAAUUGAAAGCAUAUUUCUCUCAAAUCUGUUACUUGAUUGUGAUUUGAUUCUUUCAAUUCAAAGCAUAGCGAAAGAUGGAAAAUCCCACCUCUUAUGACCUCAUAAUCUUGGGUGCCUCUGGUUUCACAGGCAAGUAUGUAAUCAAAGAAGCCCUUAAAUUUCUCGACACCCUUUCUUCCCCACUCAAAUCCAUCGCUCUAGCUGGCCGUAACCCAAACAGAGUAUCUCAAGCACUGACAUGGGCCACUCACCCCAACCCACCACCCCCAAUUCCCAUCCUCACCGCGGACACCACCGACCCAGCUUCCCUCCGCCGCCUCGCCGCCCACACCAAGCUCAUCCUCAACUGCGUCGGCCCGUUCCGCCUCUACGGCGAGCCCGUCGUCGCCGCCUGUGCCGAUUUGGGCUGCGAUUACCUCGACAUAUGCGGCGAGCCGGAGUUCAUGGAGAGAAUGGAGGCCAAGUACCACGAUGAGGCGGUGGAUAAGGGUUCUUUGGUGGUUUCGGCUUGUGGGUUUGAUUCGGUUCCGGCUGAAUUGGGGUUGAUCUUCAAUUCUAGGCAGUGGGUGUCCCCGGCUGUGCCGAAUCGGAUUGAGGCGUAUUUGAGUCUGGAAUCGGAUAAGUGGGUUGUUGGGAAUUUCGGGACAUAUGAAUCGGCGGUUUUGGGAGUGGCCAAUGCUGAUAGAUUGCAGCAAUUGAGGCGGUCCAGACCCAGAAGAGCUCGGCCUUUGAUUCCUGGUCCUGCCCCUCCCAAAGGACCAAUAAUAGAACACCAGAAGAAGAUUGGACUUUGGGCUGUCAAACUACCAUCAGCAGAUUCUGUUGUUGUUCGGAGGACACUUGCAACUCUGAAAGAAAACCCCUGUGGUCUUCCAGGGGUUAAUGAGAGUGCCAAACAGAUUGAAAAGAGGGAAGCCUUUUGGCCAACGGUGAAGCCAGCUCACUUUGGAGUGAAGAUAGCUUCUAAAUCUGUGUUUGGUAUCAUUCGGUUCAUCAUUGUUGGAAUAUUCAUUGGGCUUUUGGGUAAAACCAACUUUGGGAGGUGGCUUCUCCUAAAAUUUCCCUCAAUUUUCAGCCUUGGGUGGUUUAAGAAGAACGGUCCCAGUGAGGAUGAGGUGAGAAGUGCUUCUUUUAAGAUGUGGUUUGUUGGACAUGGAUUUAGUGAUAGCACCCUUGCGGCACAGGGAAACAUGAAACCCGAUAUGGAAAUAAUAACAAGAGUAAUGGGUCCGGAGAUUGGCUAUUUGACCACUUCAAUAGUUCUAAUUCAGUGUGCUCUUGUUCUACUAAGCCAACGUGGUAACUUGCCAAAAGGAGGAGUUCUAACACCUGGGAUUGUAUUCGGCCCAACAGAUCUUCAAGAACGACUCCAAGAGAAUGGAAUAUCUUUCGAUUUCAUUUCAAAGAGUGCUCUCUCUACCUAAAUGGCAAGGUCUUUGUCACAUUAAUAUUACAAAAUUUGGUGCCUUUUUAAGCAGUUGUAUCAUAUGUUUUGGUUUCUUUAUAUGCUUGGUGUGUGCUACUAUUGAGAAUUUAAAAAACCUUUCUACAUCUGUAUCUUGUGACGCCUCCUUCAUCUCAUUGCAACUUGGCAAACACAAAAAACAGCUAAUUUUGAAAGCUCUGUAUGUAUAUUAUUAUGACAUCCUAUUCCUUCGUAAACCUUUUUAUUCAAGUUGAAAACA